ACAUCGAUCGAUCGAAACAAUGAAACCACGGUUUGAAGUUAUUCCAAUAUAUCGAGUUCGAUAUUCGUUGAUUAUUUAUUUUACCUGUGCAGCUAGCAGGUUAUUCUACGAAACGUUUUUUCUAAAAUUCACAAGUGAGAUUUUUAUGUGUAUGUAUGAUGUAUGUAUAUAUAUAUAUAUAUAUGUAUGUAACAAAACGUAUGUGAUCCUAAGUUUUAUGCAGAGUCUCGUAUUUCUCGAUAUAAUUUAAGUGAUUAAUGAAAAUGAUAAACAUAUCGGUGUCGGAAUUCAUGAUCAUAUGUAGCAGUGUCCUCCUCAUAUUCUUGCUAUUGACCGAAGUUCUGGAUUGGACCCAAUUAUUCCCCUGGGUGGAGAACGAAUGCAAUUUCCCUUCGUUCGCAUUCGGUUAUACGGACCGCAAUGGGCCCCACAUGUGGAAACUGUUGUAUCCUGAUAGUAACGGUAGCAAUCAGUCACCAAUCAACAUUACGACGCAACUCGCCGUUGUGGUGCAACCAUCCGAACCUCUUCGAUGGAAUGGCUACGACAAAAGACCAUUAUCAAUGAUCAUAGCGAACAAUGGAAAUAACGUGACAGUAAACACAAUGUGGGGGAACUUGAAUCGACCGUACAUCGAAGGUGGAUGUCUAACCAGCAUUUACGAUCUGCACUCGAUGGUGUUUCACUGGGGACAGUCGAACGACGAAGGCAGCGAACACACUUUAGAUUAUAUUCGAUAUCCUAUGGAGUUACAGGUGUGGCACAUAAAACGGGGCUUCAAUACACUGUUGGAUGCGAUUGCUGCUAAAGAAAGCGAUGGCAUACUGAUCGUCUCAUACUUUUUUCAGAUUACAAAUGCGGACAAUUCUUAUUUGGAUCAUGUUAUAACAAAUCUGUGGCGAAUCGUUAAACCAGGGACGAAGGUGCACGUCCCACCGUUUCCAUUGCUGUGGAUCUUUCCAUAUUUUGAAACGGAUUAUUAUACGUACAAUGGUUCUCUUACUCAACCACCAUGCAGCGAAAUCGUUACGUGGAUCUUGCAGCCUGAGCCAAUCGCGAUAUCAUCGUCUCAAGUUGCACAAUUUCGACAAAUUUGCUCAUCGGAUGGUCCUAUCUUGCUAAACUGUAGACCUGUUCAACGAGUGAACGAACGUAACGUGUACUUUUAUUCGUAGUAUUUGUUAAAAAAAUUUCUCGCUUUUACAUCUUUUUCACGUGAAACUAUCGACUUGAUUGGUUCCGUAAAAUGUGUAACUUUUAAUUUACAUGUACAUAAAAUAAUAAAGUCAGAUAUAUA